AUGGCGUGGAAUUCAUGGGCCGAUAUCCAAAACCAGAUGCAAAACCUCAGCCUGUACGAUAUCAAGGCUGGGGUGCGCAAAGUACAGAAUGCCGUCAUGAACUACACAGAAAUGGAAUCGAAAGUACGAGAGGCAACAAACAACGAACCGUGGGGAGCAUCAACCACUCUCAUGCAAGAGAUUGCGAAUGCCACCUUCAACUACCAACAACUCAACGAAGUCAUGCCUAUGAUCUACAAACGCUUCACCGAAAAGUCCGCCGAAGAAUGGCGCCAGAUUUACAAAUCGCUCCAGCUCAUGGAAUUCCUCGUCAAAAAUGGGUCGGAAAGGGUGAUCGAUGAUGCACGAUCACAUCUCAGUCUGCUGAAGAUGCUGAGACAAUUCCACUUUAUCGAUCAGAAUGGUAAAGAUCAGGGGAUCAAUGUCCGGAAUCGAAGUAAAGAGCUUACGGAUCUCUUGAGCGAUGUGGAUAAGAUACGGUCGGAGAGGAAGAAGGCGAGAGGGACGAGGAACAAAUACUCUGGUCAUGAAGGCGGGGCGGGACUCGGCGGCGGCGCGAGUUCUUCGAGUGCUGGAAGGUAUGGUGGGUUUGGAAGUGAGAGCGGCGGUGGAUACGCUGGGGAUUACGGUGGUUCGUCAAGGGGGGUGUACGGUGAUGGAGGUGGGUUUGGCGGUGAGAGUCAUGAGGAUUAUGAUGAAGCGGGACGGACUGGUGGGGCGGAAAAGUUCGAGGAGUAUGAUGAAUUUGACGAUGGAGGUGCGCGCGCGCCGCCGAGUAGACGGAAAGCGGAAGGCGCAACUACACGACGCACGCCGAAGAAAGAGCUACCAAAGCCAAAGGAGCCGGAAGUGGAUUUGUUCGAUUUUGGGGAUGAACCUGCUGUGUCAUCCAAUGGUGCAGCGGCUUCAUCUGUACUCGCGCCUCCUUCCACAACAUCGGCCCCAGUACCAGUAGACGACGACGAAUUUGACGACUUCCAAUCAGCCACGCCAGCCACAACAACCACAGCACCAGCACCAGCACCGGCCAUCCCAAAACCAAACUACAGCUCCAUACCCACCCUCUCAGCCACUACCUCGAACCCAACUACCCACUUCGCCCAGCCCUCACCCCAACCAGGAACGCAAAAAGCGGAUUUCGGUAAUCUGUUCGCUACCACGAGUCCACCUGCAAGUAGUACAGGUACCCCCGCAGCGAAUUAUUCCGCCUUCUCGCCUCCGCCUAUGCAAGGACAAGGGCAGGGAGUGAAACCCUCGGGAUAUCAACCCACGGGACCGAAUUAUUAUACUUCUGUGCAAGUGCAGCAACCAGGCGGACAACAAGCGCAGACACAACAGGCUGGCGGUGGUGGUGGGAGGAUGGGAUCGGGUAUCACAUCUCCCAUCGGCGGCAACGCAGCAGCGAAGAAGCCAGCAGGAGCAGGUGGUGACGCUUUCGCUUCGUUGCUGGGUGGUUCUAUGAAGAAGAGUGGCGCUGGGGUGGGGAGUGGGCUGAAGGGGUUGACGAUUGCGGAUAUGGCCAAGGAGAAGAGUCGGGCGGGGUUGUAUGGGAGUGAUGCUCCGGCUGCUGGGAUGGCGGGUGGGUCUGCGAGUAAUGGUGGUGGUGGUGGAGUGAAGCGUGGGAAUGGGAGUGCGAUGGAUGAUUUGUUGGGUUGA